AUGAGACUCUCGAAAAGGAAUGAACUUCACAAGUUGUUCGGUAUUCAACGAAGAUUGAAAAAGACCUUUAACCUGCUGGUUGCUGCUCAUGGAUGCAAUUUCGCUCCAUCGAAGCGCCUUAGGAUCGCGAUUGACCGGCACCAUACCGCGGUUUCCUCCAAGGCCGCGGUCAUUUCCCCACCUGCCUCCAUCGUCUUGCAGACGGUGGUGAACGCUUCCGCGAAGGCCCUCGUCAACGAGUACUGGUGGCAUUACGGGCGAAUCUCGACGUGGAACUCGCAGAUGUCUCGCUUGGAAAUCGUCGAAACCGUCAUGAUCGCCCGUGAGACCGCAGCAGAUCAAGCAUCGCAGCACAUCUCGAGAAGAGACUUCGUGAGCGUGUGUUCUCGGCAUGAGGUGCUGGACACGGAUCGGAUGGUGGAGGAUUAUUACAUGUGCUACAUCUCGACGGAGUUCCCAGGCGCACCGCCCGAAGGGGAAUACGUGAGAGGCGCAUACCAUCCGAGUGGAUUCCGGUUUUCUCCGAAUGGAGACAGCUCCACGAAAUUCCAGUUCGUGCUGAACGUCGACUUGAAAAUCCACGCCCUGCUGAAGCCUUUCAUCCGAGUUUUCAUGAUCCCGAGCAUGGUUGAAUAUGCCAAUUGUCUCAGAAAUUAUGCGCCAAUGUUGAAGAAAACCUGA